UGGCGUGGUUUGUUUUGUUUGUUUGUUUUCUCCGGGUGUGGCGUUUCGUUUAUUUUUAUUUUUUUCUUCCUCUGUAAUCAGUGGGUGAGUGUUCAUCGUGUACACCUGUUUGCAGCUUUGGUCCCCUGAUAGGCGGUAGAGGUGUGGCUCCUUUGGGCUUCAUCUGAUCGUUGUCUUGGUAGUGUCGCUUCUAGGUGGUUAGUGUUAACUGUUUACAGUUAUCUCGGGAGCACGUCCGUGGGAUUCUAGGCAGGGAAUCUGUAUAGAUUUCCUUUCUGGCCCGCUGGUUUAAGGUGCGUAACAACCCGCCGCCGAAAAGCGUGAAGACUAGGGAUCAGCUGUUAGGUAAGUUUUUGUAUAUAGGUAAGAAUAGUGGGGUUUCUCAGUCUGCCUUUUGGGUACACGACUUGGCACUUUUCCCUGGUUACUGUUUGCGUUUUGUUAUAAAUGAUCAUGACUUCUCUCUCUGAAUUUUUUGAUUCUCCCUCAGAGGAGUUUUUGGAAGGUUGCUCAAAAGAGCAAUUAUUCGAGAUUGGAAAACAUUACGGUGUGGAAAUUGAUGGCCGACGGUCUAAAGAGAAUGUGAAGUCCAUUUUGGUCGCAAAUUUAGUUGAGAAGGACAUUUUGCACAGCUCAGUUGGUCAGAUUACAGCUAAACCCACUGUUUUACCUCCUGGUUUAACAUUUGAGCAGCAUAGGGAAUUGCUGUUGUUACAGUUUGAACACGAUAAGUUCAAAAUGAAAGUACAACUGGAAGCAGAGCACACUAGGUUGGAGAUCGAACGGACACGGUUAGAUUUGGCUAAACAGAGUGUUGCGUCUGGAGUCUCUCGUUCUUCUUCCGUCGCUUCUGAGGCAGUUGAUAUGGAGUUUGAUGUCAUUGGGAAUUUACGUUUAUUGCCUAAAUUUAAUGAACUUGAUCCAGAUUCUUUUUUCGUCAUUUUUGAGCGUGUGGCUGAGGCGCGCAGCUGGUCUGAUUCUGCACGUGUGCUGUUGUUGCAGUGUGUGCUUGUGGGGCGUGCUCAAGAAGUUUUUUCUGCGUUGUCUGACUCUGAUUGCCAUGACUAUGCUAAGGUGAAAGCUGCUGUUUUAAAAACUUAUGAGUUGGUGCCUGAGGCAUAUAGGCAGAGGUUUCGGAGUUGCAGAAAAAACUCUGAGCAGAGUUACCUGGAAUUUGCCAGAGAUAUUAAAAUGCAUUUUAUGCGGUGGUGCGCGGCAGCAGAAGUUAAAACCUUUGAGCAGCUAGGUGAACUUGUUGUUUUGGAACAACUUAAAAACUCAGUUCCUGAGGUGGUUGCUACUUAUAUUUGUGAACAGAAAGCUCAGACGGCAGCUGCAGCCGCGGCGCUCGCGGAUGAUUACGUUUUGACCCAUAAAUCCCAGUUUCCGGCAGCAAGUGGUUUCAGGGGGGACAUUGGGCGAAGCGAUAGUUCUCGCCGUCCUGCUGGUUUGCGUAAGGUGGAAGUUAAACCUCCUGGUUCUUUUGACAGUAAUGAUCGUUGUAACUACUGCCAUAAGCGUGGUCAUUGGAAGGCGGAUUGCCAUCUAUUUAAGUCUAGAACUCCAACAUUUCAGUCUAGACCAGAGGGGGCGGGUUUAGCGGCACCUGUGUUUACAGGUGUAGAGAAACGAAAGGAAUCGCCGCUCGUGGAGUCUGUGGAAUCAUAUUUACCAUUUAUAAGAGAUGGUUAUGUAUCAUUGGAAAAAGGUGAAAAGAAAAUACCUGUGAAAGUACUUAGAGACACUGGUGCGUUUAAUUCUUUUAUUCAGGCGGAUGUAUUGCCUCUCCCUGAGCACACAGAGACGGACAACUGUAUUCCGGUGAGGGAUAUGGGUUUGAAUAUUUUGUUGGUUCCUCUCCACAGGGUGUUUUUGGAGUGCCAGCUUUUUUGUGGAGAGGCUUUGUUGGCGGUGCGACCUGCGUUACCUAUUGACGGGGUCUCGGUCAUUUUGGGUAAUGAUCUAGCGGGUUCCAGUAUGUGGACAGAUGAAUCACCCACACCCGCAGUCGGCAGUGAGCCGGAGUCUCAAAACUUGGAUCGACAAGAGGAGAAUGAGCGUGAAUUGUCGAACGUUUUCACUGCUUGUGCUGUGACUCGAGCUAUGUCGCGCUCUCAAGUGAACGGUGACAAGGACGCACAAGAGGAAAAUAAAGACUACAAGUCCUUUUUGCCUCUUGCUGAUUUUCCAUUUCCUGUCACUAGUACUGAUUUGAUAACUGACCAACGUGCAGAUUCCUCAUUAAAAGAAUUAUUUCAACAGGUUCGUCCGGAGGGGGCUGUGUCAGACCACGAAGGCGGAGCAGAAGGGGCGGGACCAGGAUUUGCCAGGCCCAGCGCGUCCUCGGGAUAUAAGCAGCCUGCUUCAGCGCGUGGAGAAGAGAGGACAGGAGCUGAAUCUGGCUUGGAGCUGAGCCGGCUUCUCCACCCAGCUUGAUUCUACAGAGGUGGCUCUUCCCCCAGCUGCCUGCCCACCCGGUCCUGGUUUGGGAUGGUUUGUUUGACCUUUCUUUUCUUUUCGCAGGGCUUAUCCGUGGAGCAAUGACACCGACCACACGGGGGGGAGGGGCACCCGCUUGUCGAUGCUGGUCCUGUUUAUUUGCUUGGAUUGUACAAUAAAGACUGUAUUCUUUUAUUGAGGGCCGUGCCUCUCUGGCUUUUUGUUGCGGCUCACGAGCCGGGUCGUAACAAAGAGAAAUCCGAUGGAGCGC